ACAUGUGAAUGAUUUGUAUGGCAAAGUAAGGUUUGGAAACGAUAUCAUUAGUGCGGAUGCUGUGCAACAGCAUCGAGACUACAACCUGUUUUCGGUUUCAUUUAUUUCCUCUGCUGUACCUGCUCGCUCUGUCUGGUUUCUCUCCUCGGGCGGGACUGACAGAACUUCUCUUUCUGUUGUUUACUUAUGUGAGGAUAGUUGUUCGUAUUUGAUCCAAACAGUGUUUCAUUCGGGGAUUUUGAUCAAACACCACGUAGGUUUUUAAAGGACGGUUUAUCUGGCUGUGGAGGGAACGAGAAUGGCUUGCGAAGGAGACGAUGAGAGGAUCGGGGAAGCCCUGAUCAGAGAGGUCAUAAAUGCGGAGCUGAAAGCCCUCCCCUCACAGGACGUUCCUCCUCUGACUACACCCACUGCAGAGGUGGAGAAUGAGCUGCAGCAGAAGGUGGUGGACGAGCUGGCCAAAAUCACCAUCACCAUCGGGGACCAUCUGUACAAUAAGAAGCUCCAAGAUUCUAUCGACGCGGUGGCUCGUUCCUCUGGCUCUAAGUGGGACAUGUUUAAGAAGGUGGUAGUAAAAGUAUUUAAGGAUGGGAUCACCUGGGAGAAAAUAAUUAUGCUCUGCUACAUCGCCGGCAAGCUGGCUGUGAAGGUGGUUUGCCUGUUAGCUGACGAUCAGAAUGGAUUUUCACAGAUGGUGGUGACUCAUCUCCCCGAGUCACUGAUGGAGAUCCAGAGAUGGACUGUGGAUUUUUUCAAAAACAAUCUACUGGUCUGGAUUCAGGAACAUGGAGGAUGGAUCAACAGCUUCUCUGAGCUGGCCCAGUCGUCCAUGCAGAGAGUGUCCACGAUGAGCACUCACACCUACCGCCUCGUCGGCAUCGGCAUCCUCAUCUUCAUCGCCGGCCUGGCUAUAGGACGCAACUUCCCCGGGAGACUAAGCAGAAACUGACACGCACACACGCGCACACGCGCACACGCGCGC